AUGGACCUCUCGUACAACACAUCCGUUUUUUUACACUUUCAAGGCUACAACCUGUCAAAUGAAAGUGUCGUCCCUGUAUUUAUUUUUGCAACUCUCAACUACAUGAUCAUAAUUUUCUGUAACCUUACUCUGAUUCUCACCAUCGUGCUGAACAAAUCUUUGCACCAGCCGAUGCAUCUCUUCCUGGUCAGCCUUCCUAUCAAUGACCUGAUAGGCUCCUCUGCGUUCUUUUUGCAGCUCAUUAAGGAAAUAAUGACAAACAGCAGAACGAUUUUAUUCUCAACUUGUGCCACACAAGCUUUUUUCAUCCAUCUUUAUGCAGCAACUACUGUGUUCAUUCUAGCUGCUAUGGCAUAUGAUCGAUACAUGGCCAUAUGCAACCCUUUGCAUUACAACACUGUUAUGACUAAAGCUCACAUUAUAAAAAUAGUCACAGCUGUGUGGACGUCUUGUCUAGCUUUAAUAGCUGGGCUAUUUAUUCUUCUUUUACGUUUGCGCUUCUGUCGAUCUGAAAUAAGUCACCCUUAUUGUGAAAAUACAACUUUGCUGGCACUGGUUUGUGACGAUACAACUAUAAAUAACAUCUACGGGCUUUUUAUAAGUGCUCUUUCACAAGUGAUAGCUAAUGCAACAGUUUUUUAUACUUAUCUCCAGAUUCUACUUGCAUGUUUUAGAACUAAACGAUCAGACACUAAAGCAAAAGCUCUGCAGACGUGUGCUACGCAUCUUUUUGUGUUUCUAUUGAUGGAAUGUUUAGGCCUUUUUUCUAUCAUAUCGUACAGAAUUAAAAACAUUCCGCCACAUGUGAGAAGAUUCAUUGGAGUGUCUACAUUAAUCUUCCCCCCAACAUUAAAUCCAAUCAUCUAUGGACUAAAAACAAAAGAAAUUCGUGAAAAGGUUAUGAUCGCUUUUAAGAAAAAGUUGGUUUUGACACGAUGCACUUUCUCGUAA